GGGGCCGUGGCAGGCCGCCUGUGAGCAGACGGUGAUUAACCUCUCAAAGCACCAAUUGACGGCAGUGGAGGUAAGCAUACUGGCUAAGGGCUUAUCUUAUGUCCCCUCCACACUAUCGCACAAUUUUAACAUCAUUGUGGACAACUACAAAUUUUCCCGCAAUUUGAGACUUAAGGAACAUUUUAAAAUGCAGGAUAGUAUUGAUAAAAGAGUGGAGGAAAAGAGCACAAUAUUCAGAGCAAAAAGUGACUUUGACCCUGUGGUGCCUAACAUAUCCCUACGAACAUACUCCUGUAUGAUUGAUGCAGCUGUGGCAGACUUCCCACAGCAGGUACAACAUAGGGGCAACCUCACCAAAGAGGAACGCAUUGCCCUUAAGAGCUUACAAAAGAAUACUGAUAUAAUUGUAAAGCCGGCUGACAAGGGAGGAGCGGUGGUCGUAAUGGAUUAUGACUAUUAUAGAUCUGAAAUAUUAUCGCAAUUGUCAGAUGUAAAAUGUUACCGCAGGUUGAACUUUGACCCCACAUCUACAUUUCAGGCACAGCUUGGGAAACUGCUAAGGGAUGCUUGCAUGCAUGGCUGGAUUACGGAAACUAUACGUGAUGGAUUGACCGUGACUCAUCCGCACUGGCCUAUUGUGAAAUCGGACGUUGAUCUAACAGCGCUUAACCGCAGAAGCAUUACAUUUGGACAUAGGAGACACAGGAAUCUAAAGGAGCUCCUUUCACCUACGGAUCCGGGUUUGGAAAAUCUUCAGGUUCCUCCAAGUCUCCUGCUAAUACAGAGAACGGGAAAGCUGGGGUUUCUUGAGGAGGAUCCUCUGAACCUGUUACCUCUGAGUUUUCUAUGGGUACAUGUUCUUCAACCACUGCUUCAGAGCAGGGAGAAACUGACUGAUCCCAAACCUGGUGAAAAUCCCUCCCAAUUAUAGCAUCAUGCAGCAGGUGUGGUACUACCCUUACAGAGUCACAAUUUUUGCUUGUAAAAUGGAUAGUAACAGAGGAAGAUCAGCUUGCUACACGACUGACACAGAGAGGGUAUCCUAGCGAUAUGUUAAAUCAGGAGAUGGCGCGGGUACAGGCCUGGACUGGGUAACUACUAUCCAAGAGAAACCACAAGGGGUGCGUGGAAAGAAGCGUAUACCUUUCACAGACACAUAUCAUCCUUGUGUACGUAAAAUACACUGUAUCAUACAUAAACACUGGGCCCCUAUUAAGGCAAGCUUAUCCAGAUAUUCCAGAGUUCCUGGAACCCCCACUACUGUCAUACAAAUGACUGCGCAGUCUAAGAGAUAGACUAGUAAAAGCUCAUUUGGGUACAACGAAGAUUAGCCUACAGAGACUAAUGGCACCUUACUGAAUGACAUGUACCCAUGUGGUAGAUGCAAUCAAUGCUCCAGUGCUAUACUCACUGAUACUUUUACACAUCCCUAUUCAGGAAGGAAAUUUGGAAUACAGGGUCAUUAUACAUGUGAUUCCGAGUAUGCUGUAUACAAUGCCCUUGUGGUCUUGCUUACUUUGGGGAGACAACAACCAAUCAGGGAUAGGAUCAGUAAACACAAAUCCACUAUAAGAAAAAAAGUACUUAAGUUGCCUGUUCUGUUACAUUUUCAUUCUGCACAUUUUUAUUCUGCACAGCUUUGUCAUUCAGCGGCAGCUUUGAGAUUUCUUGUGAUAAAGUCUGUUGCCCCCAUGCCGGGGGGGGGGGGCAACAGUCUAUAGCAACUCCAAAAGAGGGAGAAAUUUUGGAUUCAUACCCUAUAAUCUGUAUGCUUUUAUGUAAAUAUGAUACACAGUGCAGUUUUCCCAUCAUUAAGAAGGCCAGGCGUUGGUACACAGUGGCUUGUCAAAAGUGAGACUUUUAUUCACUUCCUUUAGGUAAUUGGACACUUAGAUUCGCAAAUACCUUGGACUCACACAAAAAUGGACACAUACAGGCUAAUAAUGGAUGCUUCUUUUGAUUUUCUAUUUUUGAAAUUUUUCAUUUUCAUUAGUUUUUUAUUCUUCCAACUUUUUGAUUUUUUUCACCAUUGGUGCCAACUAUCAUUGUUUGAUCAAGGUUUCUGUUACGAAUUAAUGUGUUUGUAUAAUAUACAUUGUCUUUAUCGUUAUGGAUAGGCUGUAAUAGAACAUCUAUACACACUAAUGCUUUUGAAUAUGUAAGGAGUGUAUUCUCCUUUAAAUGGAUUACUCAGACUACAUUGAGGUGUAUAGGUCAAAGUUCACAUGAGCCUUAAAUAGGUGCACUUGUUAAUGGUCCUGUAAUCACUUGAUAAAGGGUAUUGUACCUGAAACAUGCUGUUUGCCACCACUCGGAAUUAAAGUUUAUUUACAGUA